AUGGAGACCAAGGACGGCGGCAGGAUGCACGUCGUGAUGCUGCCAUGGCUGGCCUUCGGCCACGUGCUCCCGUUCACGGAGUUCGCCAAGCGCGUGGCCCGGCAGGGCCACCGGGUCACCCUCCUCUCCACGCCGAGGAACACCCGCCGGCUCAUCGACAUCCCGCCGGGCCUCGCCGGCCUCAUCCGCGUCGUGGACGUCCCGCUGCCGCGCGUCGACCGCCUGCCGGAGCACGCCGAGGCGACCAUCGACCUGCCCUCCGACGACCUCCGCCCGUACCUGCGCCGCGCCUACGACGCCGCGUUCCAGCGCGAGCUCUCGCGGCUGCUAGAGGAGGAGGCGAGGCCGGACUGGGUCCUCGUCGACUACGCGUCGUACUGGGCGCCGGCGGCCGCGGCGAGGCACGGCGUGCCGUGCGCGUUCCUCAGCCUGUUCGGCGCCGCGGCGCUCAGCUUCUUCGGGAGCCCUGAGACGCUCCUCGGCCUCGGGAGGCACGCCAAGACGGAGCCGGCGCAUUUGACGGCCGUCCCCGAGUACGUCCCGUUCCCGACCACCGUCGCGUUCCGCGGCUACGAGGCGCGCGAGAUGUUCAAGCCAAGGAUGGUCCCGCUGCAACGGAUCGCCCUCGGGCUGGACGCGGCCGGGCUGCCUUUCAUCUGGGCGUUCCGCGCGCCGACCGACUCCACCUCCGGCGGCCUGCCCGAGGGCUUCGAGGAGCGGCUCGCCGGCCGAGGAGUCGUGUGCCGAGGCUGGGUGCCGCAGGUGAGGUUCCUGGCCCAUGCAUCAGUCGGGGGGUUCCUGACGCACGCCGGCUGGAACUCGAUCGCCGAGGGCCUGGCGCAGGGCGUGAGGCUGGUGUUGCUGCCGCUGGUGUUCGAGCAGGGCCUCAAUGCCAGGAAUCUUGUGGACAAGAAGGUCGGCGUGGAGGUGGCGCGGGACGAGCAGGACGGGUCGUUUGCCGCGGACGACAUCGCGGCGGCUCUGAGGAGGGUCAUGGUGGAAGACGAAGGCGAGCAAUUCGGGGCCAAGGUGAAGGAGCUAGCCAAAGUGUUUGGAGACGACGAGGUGAAUGAUCAAUGCGUGAGAGAGUUUCUCAGUCACCUGUCGGAGCACAGCAAAAAGAACCAAGGAUAG